AUGACAAUACGAAUGAAACCAAAUGUGACAACAAAUUGUUCCAGUCCACUCAUCGUCGACGAAGGCGAUGAUGUCAUAUGUGAGUGUAAAUGUAAAGAUGGCAACCCUCCAGCAAAGUGUACUUGGUAUGGCAAUGACGGCAAGAUUGUGAAGGAAGGAUUGAAGCUUAACGCAUUAUUAACACGGCGUAAUGUUAGUGAACAAGAUAGUGGAAAAUACAAGUGUGUUGGUUUAAGUCAUACUGCACGGAAUGAAACGUCUAUAAAUGUAAAAGUUAAAUUCAAACCUAAGAAUACACGCAUUGAGUUCUCAAUGAACCCAGCUGUGAUCAAUGGAUCAGUAAACGUAACGUGUGCAUCUGAUGGGUUUCCUGGACUCAAUUAUGCUUUUACCCAUAAUAAUACUGAUCUCAAUAUUACCGGCAACGUGUAUGUCAUACACAAAGUGGCGUGGAAGGAUGCUGGAACAUACAAAUGCACUGCAAAUAAUACACUGGGAAACGAUUCUGAUUCCAAAAUAUUAACAGUUGUCCCAGAAUUAAAAUCAUCAUCAGCAAUAAUGGCAUCAUCAACAAUCAUGCCAUCACCAACUGUCAUGCCAUCAUUAAAAACACCAGUACCAACAAACACGACCACUUCGUCAUCGACACCAAAAGGUAAUGGUACUAACGAUAAUGGUAGUAAGGGAUCAAACAUUCCUGCCAUUGCUGCAGGAGCUGCUGCUGGUGGGGCCGCGUUGGCUGGCAUGGCCGCUCUCUAUUAUAAAUCAAAAAAAGGAGGCAACAAAAGUAACGUUAAUCCAAAUGGCUCUAGAGUGAUCUCAAACCACGGAAUGGAGGCCAUAGAUGGAAACGCCUACGAUACACCCGAUAAGAGUGAAGGGUCUCAGAAAACGGAGAAGCCUGCUGCAGACUCCCACGUCUAUGCAGCUGUCGAUAAAGAAAACAGAAAAGGAAACACGUUGUAUUUAUCUCUGGACUCUGAGGCGCUGAAAAGACCGUCACAGAAGAAACCAGCGGAAAGCCUACCUAAAAAUGUACCAACUGAGUAUGCGAGCAUCGACUUCAUGAAGACUGCGAAGACACCAAAUGACGACAGUGUUUCAACCUAAAUGUGGUAGCGAGGUACUAGUAGGGAUGUUGCGGGGUAAAUUUAGUAGUCUCCAUUUAGUCAUAUACUUGUCUUAAAUAAUUGUCUCGACGAUUUGCAUUUUACGUGAGUUAUCUGCAACACUCAAUAUGAGCAUUUUGAUUUUGUAGUUUUUGAUUAAACAUUUUGUAGUUUUCCACGGUGGGGAGCCUCGCCGUUGAUGCACGUUCCUGUAGUAAGCAUAUAUAUAGAGAGUAGGUUGUAAGACAACAUAUUCAAGGAAAUAUCAGUGGGAAUAAAAUAUACGCGUAGUUUAACUGCAGAAAAUAUAGAAAUCAUUUAUAAGUAGAAAGUCUUACAUUUUCAUACCUUGUGUGAGAUUUUCAAUGAUGUUUCUGCAAAAUUGGCCAAGCCAACAGCUUUCAUUUUCAUAGUCACAAGAGACACUAAACUAAACGUCUUUAAAUGCAAUCCCAAAUGUUUCACAAUAAACACUAAACUGCGUGGAUGUCCA